AUGCCUGAAGUGUCGGUAACGGUACCUAAUGAAUUGGGAGGAACAAUCAUUGGUCGGGGCGGCGAGCGCAUUCGACGCAUCCGUGAUGAAUCGGGGGCACAAAUUAAGAUUGAGGAAGAGGGUCCGAACGGUGAACGAAUAAUAACAAUUACCGGCACUCCGUCACAGAUUGAAAUGGCACAAUUCCUACUUCAACAAUGUGUGCGCUCAUCAGCUGCUGGACGCAAAUACCUCAAUGCUGGCUAG